AUGGCGGGAUGCACGGCCAAAGAGGAGACCAAGACGGACGAGAGCAAUCUAAGUCGACGGCGACGGGAUGGUAGGGUCGAGGGACAGGCGAUUGAGAGGGAUGGACGUGGAGAGGGCCGUGGAGAGACGUGUGGAGAGACGUGGAGAGGGGCAUGGGACUGGAACGAGGUACCAGUUCUUCCAUAUGAGGAGUCCAGGGCCAGCAGGACGACGGGCCGGCUCUGGGCUGCUCCAGGAGAUCUGUUCCUGGCAUUCCAUCUGCGGACCCUCAACGACGACAUAUACCACGGGGGUACAUUAAUUCUUCCAGCGGGCCCUUGCAGGAUGCUGUAA